UUUCCUCUUUGGUCUAUGCUCUUAGUUGAGGACCAUUCAUUUGUUCUUAUCUUUCCGCUCUGACACAUUGUAUCUUUGAAAUCUUCCGUCAAGACUCAUUCAGUUCCUGGAGCGGCUUGUUUGUUGUCUGGGGUAACGCUGUUGCUGGGGACGAUGUCAGAACACAUUCAGCUCUCUAUAGCGCUGUGUAGGAUUGGCUUUUACACGUGUCUCCAGACAUUAUGUUGUAAGGAAGCUCCUCCGACUAGACCAGAGUAUGAUGUUGUCUGCAUUGGACUGAGCGGCGCAGGCAAGACCAGUCUGCUAUCUCGCUUAUGUAAUGAGAUCAGUGAUGGCACCGUACCAACCACAGGUUUCAGCAUCAAGGCAGUGGGAUUCGAAAACGCGAUACUGAAUAUAAAGGAGCUAGGAGGAGCAGAAACCAUCAAGAAGUACUGGAGUCGAUAUUACCAAGGUUCCCAAGGUGUGGUUUUUGUCCUCAACAGCGCUGCGUCCGAUGACGAGAUGAAGGCAUCCCGAACUGAGCUCCACCUGACCCUGCAGCAUCCUCAGCUUUGCACCCUUCCGUUCCUCAUUCUCGCCAACCACCAGGAUUCACCAGCUGCCCGCUCUGUACCGGAGAUACAGGAGUACUUUGAAUUGCAGCCUCUGGCACGAGGGAGGAGAUGGAUACUCACCGGCAGCACAACAAACAACAUGGAGGCAGUGAAGGAGAGUUUCAGUCAACUCAUCCGCCUUUUGGAAGAGGAGGUGCAACCUGGCAGGAUAUGAUUCAAUCAAACUUCAAAGUGGAAAGUGGGUUUGAAGUGUUGUUUGCUAAGGAAUUUUUUUGGACCUCUCACUCGUAGAUGUUUUAUAACCCACUGGAGACAGAGACGCAUGUUUUGAUGACUUAACAGACAUAUCUGUAACCCUUAGGUUAAGGGCCACACAUAUGCUACCUUGGGAGAUGGUGAACCACAGUCCUUUAAGGAUAUCAGAUUUUUACCAUAGUUUGUAAUAGUAAUAAGCUUUUGGGACUGUUUUGCAAUGUGGUGUGA